UCAUCACCACUGUCAUCACUAUCAUCAUCAUCACAAUAUUCAUUUGCAAAACGUAAACCAUUGGAUAAAAGUAAAUUGAAAUAUAUUGAAAUUGGUGGCCUAUUUCCAAUGAAUGGUACAACCGGUUGGCUUGGUGGACAAGGUUGCCUACCAGCAGCAAUGAUGGCAUUAGAAGAUGUUAAUAAUAAUGAAAAUUUAUUAUCCGGUUAUUAUUUGAACAUAACAUGGAAUAAUAGCCAGUGUGAUCCUGGUCUUAGUUCAGCUGUACUGUAUGAUCUGAUCUAUACGCCGCCAAAUAAAACAUUAAUACUUGGUGGUUGUUCAAUUGUUUGUUCAACUAUUGCCGAAACGGCUAAAAUGUAUAAUUUAAUUGUUAUUGGUUAUGGUUCCAGUUCACCGGCAUUAUCCGAUCGUAAACGUUUUCCAACAUUUUUUCGUACACACCCUUCUGCCACCAUACACAAUCCGACAAGAGUGAAAUUGUUUAAAAAAUUUAAAUGGACAAGAAUUGCCAUCAUUAUUGAAGCUGAAGAAGUAUUUGUUACGACUGGAAAAGAUUUAGAAAUAAAAUGUAAAGAAGCUGAUAUUGAAAUCGUAACACGUGUAUCAUUUUUGGAUGAUCCAACUGAAGCGGUUAAAAGUUUAGCCAGACAAGAUGCUCGUAUUAUCGUCGCGAUGGCAUAUGGUGGUGCAGCUAGAAAAAUGAUGUGUGAAGCAUAUAAAAAUGGUCUUUAUGGUAAACAACAUGUUUGGUUUCUAAUCGGUUGGUAUGAAGAUAAUUGGUUUCAUCCAUCCACCGGUAUCAAUUGUACGAUGGAUGAAAUGAUGGCCGUGGUUGAAAAACAUUUUACAACCGAAGCAUUGAUGCUUAAUCAAGGACCAGAAAUAACAAUCGCUGGUAUGACGGCCAAAGAUUGGUUACAUGAAUAUCAAAAACAAUUACCUAAAUAUAAAGAAUGGUUUCCACAUGGUGAAAAACCACAGGAAGGUUUCCAAGAAGCACCAUUAGCAUAUGAUGCAAUAUGGGCUGUUGCAUUUGCAUUGAAUCGUUCGAUAGCACGAUUAGAUGAAUUGGGAAUGUCAUUGGAUGAUUUUGAUUAUGAAAAAAAAGAAAUAACGGAUAUAAUUAAAUCUGAAUUACAACGGGUACAAUUUUUAGGCGUUUCAGGCGAUGUUGCAUUCAACGAUAUCGGUGAUCGUAUAUCAUGGACAUUAAUUGAACAAAUGAUCAAUGGAACAUAUCAAACAUUAGGAUUUUAUGAUACAGCAACCGAUAAUCUUACUUGGUAUGAUAGGGAACAAUGGUAUAUAUCUGGUCGUGUACCAAAAGAUCGUACAGAAAUUGUACCAACAUUAAUGACUGUUAAUCGUACAUUAUUCGUAUCAAUAAGUGCUGUAGCGAUUAUUGGCAUAUUAUUUGCUAUUUCAUUACUUUGUUUUAAUUAUAAAUUUCGUAAUAAUAGAUUCAUUCAAAUGUCAAGUUCAUCAUCAAAUAAUAUAAUGUUAGUUGGUUGUAUAUUCUGUCUAAUAUCCGUACAGUUAUUCGGUUUAGAUGGUCAAGAUAUUGGUAUUGAUUAUUUUCAAGUUGUUUGCAAUUCAAGGGCAUUCUUUUUGUCCAUAGGAUUUUCAUUAUUUUUUGGUGCAAUGUUUGCCAAAAUUUGGACAUGUCAUGUGUUACAUACACAGAAUAAACGAAAAAUUAACAAUAAUCAAAGCUAUCUAAUCAUUACAGUAUUCUGUACAUUGGAUAUAAUCAUUUUGGUCAUCUGGUAUCUAUAUGAUCCAAUGUCAAGACGUAUGGAAUAUUUUCCAUUAGAAGAUCCACCAUCAACAAUUGAUGAUGAUGUUAAGUUUCAACCAUUAUUGGAACAUUGUGAAGCAAGUCUAAUAUGGUAUGGUCUAUUAUAUGGCUACAAAGGUUUGGUACUAUUUUUCGGUCUAUUUCUAUCAUAUGAGACAAGAAGUGCUAAAUUGAAACAAAUUAAUGAUUCACGUCUUGUUGCAAUGAGUAUUUAUAAUGUUGUGAUAUUAUGUUUAAUAACCGGACCAGUAUCAUUGGUCAUCGAUAAUCAAGUCAAUUCACAUUUUGCAUUCAUUGGUCUGACAAUUAUAUUCUGUUGUAUAUUAUCGAUGGCAUUGAUAUUUGUACCGAAAAUUGUUGCCAUUGUUCAACAUCGACAAAAUUUAAGUACCGGUAUGAAUAAUACAUUCAAUGAAACAAUGUCAACAAAAGAAGAAGAAGAUAGAUUUUUACGUUUGAAUACUGAAAAUGAUGAAUUGAAAAUGAAAAUAUCGGAAAAAGAAAGACAAAUUGAAGAGGUAAAAAAACGAAUCGAACAAUUAAGCAAAGAACAAAUGGAACGAAAACGUUUGGAAGAAAAAGAUAAAACACAAAUAAAAACUAUAUUGAAAAAAGCAGUAAGAAUACAGGAACCAGAAAUAGAAAAUCAUAAUCAAAUGAUGGCCAAUACAACAAUGACAACAGCAACAAACGAUAUAAUCAAUAUGGAUAUUACAAGUGAUUCUGGUUUUCAAACAUCAACAGCAAAAACAUUGUCUAAAUUAUCGGAAAAUGAUUUCAGUGAAUCAUAUCUAUAAUCAAUCAAUUAUUGGAUGUUUGUUAUUUUAAUUUGUUAAUAUUAGACGUGUGUGUGU